AUGCCUGAACAGCAGCGCGGUCGCACAUCCUCUCGAGACUUUGCAUUCCAAAGCACUGACCAACCCUUUGCCCACCCGUUCGGUGGAGCAGAGGGAGCUCCAGCUCCCCAGCAAGCCUUCUCCGCGCAACCACACCAGCGUUAUGAGACAUACCCAGCUACACAUGGUUCAGUUGCGCCGACAACGCUCACUCAAGGCGCCCCAGUGGAUCAAACAUUGAGCUACUCGGAAUUUGGCGCGCCACAGGGCUCCGCGCCGACCCCAGGAGCUCCAGCACAGUUCCCUGGCGGCUACGGCUUCAGCCCUGGUGGGCCGUUGGCAUGGGAUUGGGGAAAUGCGAUUGACUUUACCGACUAUACCCCUCAUUACGAACCGCAGGGCGAACUUGCCCAAGAGCUCCAGGCCCAGCAGGCGCCAAAGACCGAUUUCAGCAUCCCGCUCCCAAUCACCAACACCGACACAGCUCGCCAGCCUCCGCCACAAACCUCUGCGCACCCUGUAGUCGUUCAGGAUCCACUUCCACCACCUCCGAGACCAGCCCAGCGACUUUCCGUCCAAACGGGCAUGAAGAGAAAGGCGGACUCGGAGCCCAAUACUGGCAUUCCAGAAGCUGUAAAUGGGCCGACCGAGGACAAGUCGUCCAAGCGACAGAACAAGUCGCGAGCCUCGUCUAUAGCCUCCGCGGCUUCUCCAGUCGUGACAACCGCCACCGCGCCCGAACCGCGCGCACCUGUAUCUUUGUCCGCAUCCAUGACCGCACCGGCGGCCCUCGAAAGCACCGCUCAGCUAAACAAUGAGGCACAGAAACGUAAGGAGCCAAGCAAGGGCACUGGACCGCAGGGGCGCGUCAUUGACGUCUCGACACCCCGGCGCGUCGUGGAAUCGCGUGGGGGAGCGGACAUACUGCCUUCGGGUAAGGUAUUUCCAAUACAGAUCGGCUCGGAGCUUUUCAGGCUCUCUGGAGCGUCCAUAUCGUCGGAUGGUCGCGCUGGGGACAUAAGGACAUUGUACAUCGACCGCGACCCUGACACGUUCCGCGACAUUGCCCUGCAUCUACAAGGGUACCAUAUCAGCCCCCGCGAUGGUGAGCACUUCGUGCGAUUGUUCGCCGAUGCGCAGUUCUACUCACUGCCUCGACUUACAAAGCAGUUGUUUAGCACCGACAUCUUCAUUCGCAUCGGCGGCGUUCCCUUCCAGAUUCCACGUGAUUUAUUCUCAUCGCCCGGCGACAGUCCCAAUUAUUUCUCACUCGGCUUCGCGCAAUUCUUCUCCACGCCCUCGGAAGUCUUUCCUGGGCUUGAUCGCAAUGCGCUACUUCGUCCACCCUCCAUUUCGCCGCCUUCGGUGCCCAAUCGAAGUGGAGAGACAUUUGGCGAGCUAGUCAAAAUGCUUCAAGGAUAUCCUGUGGAAAUUCGCAACGAUGCACAUAGAUCGCAGCUUCUGAGGGAUGCACGAUACUUCCAUCUGAGAGGGCUCGAGCAGAGACUCAUACCCUGCGAAAUUUCCUAUAAUGCCCAGAGAGGUCAAUCCGAAAUUUUGAUUAGGUUAGAAGACUUACGACAAUCUGGGGUUUCGUUCAGGCCAGAUAUGCCAGCGAGCAACCCAGACUCCGGUUCUGGCUCCAACGCUCCUUCGCAGCUGGGCGUAUCGCCUGCUCCGUCCAGCAAGCCGACAAGCCCAUCGCCCUCACUCAGUAGCGCCCGCUUCAAAACCGGCACAGUCUCGUACGCGCGGCCAUACACAGACGAUCAUGCCAGUACGAACAUCCUUAUCCUCGAACUAUCGUCCAACGAAUCCACCACACUGCACCUCCCUGUAGACCCUCCACGGCCGACAUCUUCCUCGAAGUCAUUUACCCUCAACUUGAGAGCCACCUUUCAUGGAAGCACGCUCGCCCGUAUUACGUCGCUGUUCUCGGUCAUAGCGUCAAAAAUGGGAUUGCCUGCGACGCAGCCGCUUGGUCUCAUGAUGAUGCAAUCCGGUGGUGGCGUGGCCGCACAGCCUGUCUCGCCCGCCAACUCGGGCGUGAGCGAGCGCCGUGUGCGCGUCCGGCUAGACCCAGAGUGCUACCUGGAAAUUGACAACGCACCUGCCGAGCUAGCGCUUGAUGGGGACACAGGUCGCGUGGGCAUACGGCGCAACGAUGGCGAGCGCUACAAGCGCAUCAAGAUGUCAGAGGACAGCGCACACUACGAGACGUCCGCAGAGUCUGGUGUCGAUGAUUGGAUCUGGGGCGGAGCAAGAGACAGUGAGACCAUUAUCAAAGAUGGAGAGCAACUAGAGGAAUCCAUCGUACUCAAGAGAGCGCAUUGGAAGAUACGAGUGGAGAACGUGGAUGGGGAAGCUACGAAGAUGAACGUUGUGUUAUUCGGCGUUAGGAUCGAGGGGUACAGUGGGGAGAAGGGGCGAAAUCAGGGACGCGGGUUCUUGGGCAGUUGA